AAAAAACGUGCAACUGCUAGUUUAAGGAGUGUUAAUCCGUGCAGGAGAAAGAUUAACAUCAUUUCAUGAAAACGUUAUAAUCAUCUUGUCUGAAAUGCGUGCUAAUAAACCCUAACCCUAGAUGAUGAAGAAAGCUUUGAUCAGAUGCCUUUAAAUCCCUCUGGCCGCCGCAAGUUGCAGUGACGAAAAUCUCGUUCUCCUCUGCUCAUAUUCUCCAAUUAAUAUGAUGGUAGUUCUGUGUCCUAAAUGUUUUCUUUGUUCAAUGAGAUGUGUUUCAAGAUUCCCUCAAACAAUUUCACUGCAGUCCUUAAGAUUUCUACAGUUCUCUCCACUUUCAUCAUCAUCAUCAUUUCCUUCCACACCCUCCCUCAAUGUCGUUUCAGAUUUUUUAUUAAAAGAAUGUGGGUUUUCCUCUUCUCAAGUGACAACUGUCAUGAGAAGAAGACCAGAGCUGUUUAGGAACAAAUCCGACCACACUGCUAGAGAAGCCAUUCAUAUGUUGAAGGAUUCCGGAUUUACGGACAACCAGCUUAAGACCACCAUUCUUAGAAACCCAACGAUUCUUUCGCUCACUGUGGAUGGACAGCUGAAGCCCAAGAUGGAAUUCCUGAAAAAUUUGGGCUUGGCUCCUCAGAUUAUAUGUAGCAAUCCCAGAUUGCUUAGCUUUAGCUUAGAAAACUCUCUCGGUCCUAAAAUCGCGCAUCUUAGAAACCUAUUCGGCUCAACUGUCGAUUUGUGUCAGGCUCUCAAAAUGGUACCUGGGCUUUUGACGAGUGAUUUCGAGAAGCAGGUGAAACCUAAAAUGGAGUACGUGAAGAAUAAUAUAGGCGUCUUGGAAGGUUCCGCGGCAUUUUUGCGAGCCCUCGAUGCAAUUCUUGGCCAUAGUUUUGAGACCCUGGAAAAGAAGAUUAAGCAUAUGGCAAGCCUUGGUCUGGCAGAGGAGGAAAUUCUUCUAAUUCUUAAGAGUAACCCUAAAAUACUGAGGUGUUCAACGAAGAAAGUAAAGGAAAACAUUGAUUUCUUGAUACACACUGCAGGUCUAAUGCCCAGGAUUGUUGCUUUAAGUCCUAAACUAUUGAAUUACAGCGUAGAGAAAAGGCUCAUACCCCGCUAUAAAGUCUUCAAAUAUCUGAGGACAAACCAACAAUCCAAGCCUCUAGCCAGUCUGGCUACUUUUUUUCAAUUAAGUGAGAAAAAAUUCCUUAAAAGAUUUGGCCAAUACGAUACUGAAAUCAAGUCUAACGAUCAUACAAUCUCCUAAAGCAAGCACAUUGGAGCAGCGAUGGAAUUUCAAAAUAAAAAAUUGCCACAGAUUCUUCAAGGAUUGAACUGGUGUUUAAGGGCCAGCGACUCGUCUAGGCCAAGAUGGAAGAAGACCAAGCCAAGGCAAGGACGACCUCUUCUAGUCCAUCAUCAUCAAGGAUGUUCCACAUGAAAAAAGGGAGGACUCAAGGUGCUUUGAAGAAUUGAAAGACUAGGGGUGUUCAAGGAGUUCAAGUUAGCCUCAAGACCUCAUUCUACCACAAGAUAACAAAGAAAGGCUUUGCUAGCACUUCAAGGCGAGAUAUGCUACUGGAGAAGAAAGACUUGACAAUAAGGAAGCUUGGUCAAGCAAAGGAAGUACAUCAUUCAUCAUGUCAAAAGACAGGAGAGGAUCAACCAAGUCACAAGCAUUAGACAAGGUGGCAUCCCAGUCAUCAUUCCUCCAGUCGGAUUGGUCCACCUCAGCAUGAUCAGAUUCAAUGUACCUAAUUUAUCGGAGGCGGCACAAACUUCGAUGUACCUACCCCUGCUUCCUAUUGGUCCUCACCCUUGGAAUGUAAUUUUCUAAUUGGCUAAGGAAGUUUGUUGUAGCAAACCCUAAUUAGGGUUUCUAUCUUGUAAUCCUAGCCAUUGAUUCUAAAUCAAUCAUAGCUGUCAAUUUGUAAAAGGCUCUCUAUAUGAAGCCCUGGCUCCUCAUUUGUAAAGGUUAAUAGUCGGUGAAUAGUUGGCUAAUAGUGAAUAGUCAGAGAGUAGGAAAUAGUUAGAGUAGAGUAGAAAGAGAAGGCAAAGAUUGUUGCCAAGAUAUUGUUGCAAAAGACUUGUAAACUUCAUUGAAGAAAUGGUGAAUUCUAUGGGUCGAUUCAACAAUUUGCAUGGUCUCUAUACUUCUCAAAUUUGAUUUCAUGUUGUUAGAUGAAUGGAAGAAAUUUGUAUGAUCAACGAUGAAAUUUGUAUAUCCAUACUACUAGCAGUUUGUUGAUUGCAAACUUGCCUUGCGUAGUCAACUAGAAUCAUUCAACUUAAGCUUAACUUAAAUUAUCACUUCUUCAUUGAUAUGCAUCAACUUGACGGUGUCUAUGCUUGUAGUGGUGAUCUGAACAUCAUAAAUCUUUCCUCAGAAGAUCACACUAAUCUUGUGGAGAUGGAUGUCAAAGCAAGACUUAGUUAGAAUUCAUCAAAGGUCAUUCAUUGCUCUUACAUUCUUAGUGUUAGAAAUAGAUCUUGUUCCAACCCUUAUCCUUUUUCCUUUUUUCCAAAAUCAAGGAUUAGUAAAGACCCACGUUCCAGUGAUAUCCAAAGCAAAUCAGAUGCUCAGGACCUACAAUCAGAACCUUGGAGCUACUCCGACUGAUCCUUCGGCGAGAUCUUCAGCAGUCGGGAAACUUUGUUCAAGAGAGGAUAAGGUACCUUUAGGUAUUUUAUUCUGUGUUUGGUCAUGUACAAAAGACACAUCAACAAUACCAUAUUUAGAUCCAAGUAAAAUAAAAUAUCAGAUUACUCCAUCCUACAAGUGUCAUACAAAGUUAAAAAACUAUUCUCUAAUAAUUUAUGAUGAACUUCCUAUAAAAUAUAACUAUUAACCAAACAUUAUAUAAUAAUAUCUAAAAUCAAUUAUUAUGGGUUCCUUUUGUAUUUUAUUUUGCACUCUAUCCCAACCUCUUAUAUUUUUAUGGGAUUUUCCCUCAUUUUUAAAUUGAAUUGGAAUUAAUUUUGUUUCUUCUAGAUCCAAAUCAAAUAUUUGGGUAUCAUGCAUUUUGUUUAUUAUUAUGAGAUUCACUCACAUAAUUCUUCAAGUUAAUGUUGUCUUAAGAAUAUUCUAAAUCAACUUUAAGAAAUUGUAAAUGUAUUUGUCAUCAUCUUUUGGCCACUAUUCCUUACGUCUUCCAACAUCAUGUCAUUUUCAACAUUUAAGAAAAUACCAGAAGCUAUUUUUUAAUUUAUGGGUUUACUUCCAAAUUUUGCCGAUUCACAAGAUCCCUGCCCUCUUCAAUUAGUCUAAGUUGUCCCUUUGUAUACAAAUGCCUCCAAAUAUAUAUAUUGGAUUUUUGUCAUUUCACUUUGAUUUUUUAAUUUUAUCACUUUAACUUCAAAAUAUUUAACAAAGUAUUUUUUCCUAGGUUUUUGGAAGGACAUCAUCUACCUUGUCUUGAUUUUCGAAUUGAAUUACUAUCUUUUUUUUUUAAUUAAGGGGUAAACGCUUUUGACCUAGAGCUAUGAACUAGUGAGGCCACAAACGGGGGACCUCAUCCCCAGACUUCACUUGUUCAAAUCCGCGAGCACAACAGCCCAGUGAAGGCACAAGGCCUUGCGAGCACAAAGGCCCAACAAGGAUUUGAACCUUGGUGGCCGCUUCACCAACGAAGUGUUUUAACCGUGGCACUAAAUGUCCGAAGACAUUGAAUUACUAUCUUAUGUUUUACCACUAAAGGACAUUAAUUGGUUUGACCCAAUCUAGUGCCCCUACUUUAAGAGUCAAACAAUAAGUUGAUAUAACUGUAUAAUUGUAUAAGUGUAUUCAAGUUGAUAUAUUGGAUAUUGGGUAUUGUUGAUCGUGUGACGAAGGUAGGGAAUUCUCCCAAAUUUCAUCAUCCUCGGGAAUCAAUCUUUCUAACUUUGAUUAACUCUUCUGGAAUUGUCUCUUGUUUUAACUUUUGAUUAACUAUGCGUCCUCUUCCUCUUAUGUUUGGUGAAAUCUUUCUCUUCAUGAAGCAAGCUAGCAUCCUCAUGUUGCAUAUACCUCCCUAGCUUGAAGUGUAAUGUUGAAAGAGUGAAGUUUAUGUGUUGACUUUCUCUGAUGCUACACCCUACACUUGCAUUAUAGUGUCUUUCCUUGAUGUCGUGAAUGCAUUGAUCAUACUCCUCCUUGCCUCCUAUCUCACUUGUCUUUAACUUGCUAUCAUCUUUAAGCUGAUCUUCAUCAUUUAUUGCUAAGUUCUUCCAUACCUUGAAUCUCUCUUCCUAGCCUCACAUUAAGUAUGUUGAAGUGUGAAUGUUGUUCAUCUUUGAAUGAUUGUCUUCUUGGUAUCAACUUCCUUGGGCUUGGACACCAUGAGCUGAUCUCUAGCAUGUACAUAUAUCCCUCAAGUGUUGAAGUUCCUCUUCCCUUGCUUACAUACCUUG